AUGUCAUAUCUGAAUAGCCCUUUGUCGAUUCUCGCCCAGAAAACUUUAGAGAAACUUAAAGAGAUUUUAGAAGAUGCUCCCAAAUUGGACGACACGCUUUCCUUGGAAAAAGCGAGGAAGCUAUACAACAUGUGCAUGGAUACCGAGGAACUCAGGAAGAUCGGAAUCAGUGCCCUUAGAGAAGUUGUGCGGAAAAAUGGCGGGUGGCCAAUGACUAUGUCCCCUAGGGAACGGAAAGAAUAUAAUAGAACGUGGCAAGAAGUUAGCGACAUUUUGCAGAAUAACAUGUUCGACAAUGGCCUUUAUAGGAUAUCGGUGGGGGUAAAUUACAAAGAGUCCGAUACCAACAUCAUUGGCAUCCUUGUACCUGACUUCUAUGUCUCGCGCCACAUCCUGAUCAACUUCGAAGCGCACCCGCUACCGUUUCUCUUUCCGGGGAAGACGUUCAACAAGUCCUACAUCGAGACAGUUGCGGAUAUGUUUGUGGAGGACAGUGGCGCGUAUGUCGAGAAGGAUGCAAUCAGUCAGGAAGCGCUUGACGUCGUGAAUUUCGAGAUUGAACUGGCUAAGGUUACUACUGAAAUCACCAAUUUGAUUUCCGAAAAUAGUAGAUCUAGAGAUAUUGACAAAAUCACCAACUCGAUAACGAUCGAAAAAUUACAACAGGCAUAUGAUGCGCAACGUCCUGAAAAAGCCAAGAUAAACUGGUUUUAUCGUAUUUCAAAACUGUUCGCGCCAGAAGGAAUUACGAUCAAUUCAUCUGAGAAGCUUAUCGUUCACAAGUAUCUCACCUCUCUGGUUCCUUUACUGGAGCGUACGCCCAGUCGUACAAUCAUAAAUUACAUGCAAUGGAACCUUAUCAGAACUCUGUUACCUUAUAUUCAGUUCAAAAACAAGAUCCCUAAAUCCUCAAGGUGGCAGAGGUGCUUGCUGAUGGAUACUAACUUACAUACGGCAAUCUCACAGGAGUAUGCCAAAAGACACGUGCAGCUCGAAAAUAAAGAAGAUAUCAGCGAUAUGAUCACGGACAUUGCAAAUGUCGUUCGCGGCCAAAUUACAGCAACCACUUGGAUGGACGAGCCUACGAAGAAGGCAUCUCUCGAGAAAUUAAACAGCAUGAGAAAACAAAUUCUCCUCCCCAAUUGGUUCAGCAACGAAGCUAUUGAUAAAUAUUACGAUGGCUUAGCUGUCACUUCGGAAUAUCUCCAGAGUGCGAUAAAUGUGUAUAAAUUCAAUUUCAAGAAAGUUUUACGCAAACUGCGAAAACCUGUUGACAAAGACGAGUGGCUUAUGGAACCGACGUCUGUAAACGCUUAUUAUCAUCUAACUAACAAUGGAAUUGUUAUUCCUGCUGCAAUAACGCAAAGUCCCGUAUACGACAAAAACCGUCCUGCGUAA